UCAAUUCACUAUUGUGAAUGCAUACUUUCCCAUCGCAAACAGCCGUAGUGCAAUAACAAAUCAGCUGCAGUAAACAAACUUUUGUGAAAAAUACCAAAAUGUUAACUUCUAUGGUUAAAGAAUACCAAGUUAAGCAGGCCAAAAGAAAACAGGAACAAGAAAUACGACGCAAAGAUGUUAUUGAAUCAUCAAAUGAGCUAACACAGGCCAUCGUAGACCACUUGAAUGUUGGUGUGGCUCAAGCAUACUUGAAUCAAAAACGCCUGGACGCCGAGGCGAAGCAGUUGCACGUUGGCGCUACUAAUUUUGCCAAACAGACACAACAGUGGCUGCAAUUGAUCGAUAACUUCAGUAGUGCAUUGAAGGAGUUGGGUGAUGUGGAGAAUUGGGCGCGCAGCAUAGAAACUGAUAUGCAAGUCAUACAAAAUACAUUGGAGAUAGCGUAUAAAACCUCACGACAAACACAACACAAUACUGCUAGCAAGUAAUUGCAUACACUAACUUACAAAUACAUGUAUAUGUUUAGUUGCAAACAACAAGAAGAAAACAGAAAACAUUGCUGAAUUGUAAAAACCUGCUGAAGCACCAAAACAUUAAGUGUGUAUACGUACUGCUGGAAAAUGAUGAUUAGUCAAACUUCUGCUGUAUGUAAAGCUUAACAAGCAGAAACUAAAGUUUAACUAGCCUUUAUUGCCUUCGAUUGAUUGAUAUAAAUUGUAUUUAAAAAAAUUCCUUUUGCACUAAAUUAUACAUAUACAUACAUAUAUAAAUUUAAAUUCGAUUAAUUUCGUUUGUUCUUCUUCUUCUUUUUUAUUCCAUUUGUAUUAGUCAAUAUUAAAACUAAUUAAAAUUAUAAGUAAACAAAAGUUGAAGUCUCGCUUUUUUAUAAUAUAUAAAAAUAGUUGCGAAACGUCUCCACCACAGUUAUUUGAUAAUUGCUAGUGGGUACACAUACAUACAUACAUUUAAAUAGUUAAAUAUGCAUAUGCUUUAAUGCAGAGAUUGCUACAUCACAUUUGACUGGUUUUUGUGUGUUUUUUUUUUUUUUUUUUUCUUUGAAAUAGAAAACUGCAAUACGCUACUAUCUACAGCUAAACAUAAAGUGAGAGACGGAAAGUUUUUGGUAGUCAAAAUAAUAAAAAAGUGUGUUUAAUAACAAUUAUAAGCAAAUGGUAAUGAUAUUGUUAAAUAAGUAGCAAUUGUAGUUGCAUUGAAACUAGUAUAAAUAAUGAUCAAAAUAAUAGUAAAAGCCAAACUAGGGCGAAAGUGUUAAAAUAUUGUGUUGCUUGCUGUACAACGAAGCUGAUUUGUUCUUGUUCUUGCAUUUCUUUUUUUUUCAAAUACAUAUUGCUGCAUACAUUAUUUAUAAUAAAAAGCAAUUGUAGUCUGACGGCAAAUGCUUGGUGUGAUGUGAUGGCAACGUAAACGAAACACUAAUGCAGUCAUGCCAAAA